CAGUGCAAGCGGGAGGCGGUGAGUGGCGUGAGCGUCCCUGCUCCGCCUGCCCCGGCACCGGCUCGGCCCGGCCUGUCGCGCUGCGCCGCACCGCGCCACGCUGUCCGGCUCGGCUCGUCUUGCCCCAUCUCUCACGGAGGUGCCGCGGCGGGAGCCCCGAGCGAAGCCGCCCGCUCGCUCGCUGGCCGGCCGGUGGGGUGCGGGUGGGUCGGUCAGGCGGGGCGGCCGCCGUCCCCCCACGCCCGGCCGGCAGGGGGAGCCGCGCCGCCGCCCCCGCCGCACCGCCCCGAGUCGGAAUCAAAGUUUGUAAGGCGAAGCACCGCGACCCCGGAGCGCCAUGCCCGUCAGGAAGCAAGAUACCCAGCGAGCCCUGCGCCUCCUGGAGGAAUACCGCUCCAAGCUGAGCCAGGCGGAGGACCGGCAGCUGCGAAACUCCAUAGAGCGUGUCAUCAACAUCUUCCAAAGCAACCUUUUCCAGGCUUUGAUAGAUAUUCAAGAAUUUUAUGAAGUGACCUUACUGGACAAUCCAAAAUGCACUGAUCACUCUCAACCAUCUGAACCAAUACAGCCUGUGAAUACCUGGGACUUCUCCAGCCUUCCAAGCACAACAGUGACAUCAGAAACACUGCCGAGCAGCCUUAGCCCAAGUGUAGAGAAAUACCGCUACCAGGAUGAAGAUACACCUCCACAGGAGCACAGCUCUCCACACAUCACCAAUGAGGUGACAGGUCCAGAGCUGGUUCACGUGUCAGAGAAGAACCUGUCACAGAUUGAGAAUGUCCAUGGAUUUGUUUCCCAUUCUCAUAUUUCACCAGUAAAGCCCACAGAAGCUGUUCCUUCCUCUUCUCCCAUUGUCCCUGUGAUCCCUGUCCCACCAGUCCCUGCUGAGACCACUGUCAUCCCAUCUACUGUACCACAGGCAAAUCCCCCUCCAGUGCUCGUGAACACAGAUUCCUUGGAGACUCCGACAUACGUCAAUGGCACGGAUGCUGAUUAUGAAUAUGAAGAAAUUACUCUUGAAAGGGGAAAUUCAGGACUUGGCUUUAGCAUUGCAGGUGGUACAGACAACCCACAUAUUGGGGAUGAUUCAAGUAUUUUCAUUACAAAAAUUAUAGUUGGGGGUGCAGCUGCACAGGAUGGAAGAUUACGGGUUAACGAUUGUAUUCUACGAGUAAAUGAGGUGGACGUUCGUGAUGUGACACACAGCAAAGCAGUUGAAGCGCUGAAAGAAGCAGGAUCAAUUGUACGAUUGUAUGUCAAAAGAAGGAAACCAGUCACAGAAAAAAUAGUGGAAAUCAAACUUGUAAAAGGCCCUAAAGGUCUUGGCUUCAGUAUUGCUGGUGGUGUAGGAAAUCAGCAUAUACCUGGAGACAACAGCAUCUAUGUAACCAAAAUCAUUGAAGGUGGGGCAGCUCAUAAAGAUGGCAAACUUCAGAUUGGAGACAAACUUUUAGCUGUGAACAGUGUUUGCUUAGAAGAAGUUACUCAUGAAGAAGCAGUGACUGCCUUAAAAAACACAUCUGACUUUGUUUAUCUGAAAGUUGCAAAACCCACCAGCGUGUUCAUGAAUGACAGUUAUGCCCCUCCUGACAUCACAAACUCUUAUUCUCAGCCAGUGGAUAACCAUAUCACUCCUUCUGCCUACCUGGGGCAGUCCCUGCCCCCAGCAUCACCAGGGCGAUAUUCACCAGUUCCCAAAGGAAUGCUUGGAGAUGAUGAGAUUACCAGGGAGCCUAGAAAGGUUGUCCUGCAUCGAGGAUCAACAGGUCUUGGUUUCAACAUUGUUGGAGGAGAAGAUGGAGAAGGAAUUUUCAUCUCUUUCAUCCUUGCAGGAGGGCCAGCUGAUCUGAGUGGAGAGCUCAGGAAAGGAGAUCGUAUCAUUUCUGUAAAUGGAGUAGACCUAAAAGCAGCAACCCAUGAGCAGGCAGCAGCAGCCCUGAAGAAUGCAGGCCAAGCAGUAACUAUUGUAGCUCAGUACCGUCCAGAAGAAUACAGUCGUUUUGAAGCCAAAAUACAUGAUUUACGGGAACAGAUGAUGAACAGUAGCAUUAGUUCGGGAUCAGGAUCUUUGCGAACCAGCCAGAAGAGAUCCCUCUAUGUCAGAGCUCUUUUUGACUAUGACAAGACUAAAGAUAGUGGCCUUCCAAGUCAAGGGUUGAACUUCAAAUUUGGAGAUAUUCUCCAUGUCAUUAAUGCUUCUGAUGAUGAAUGGUGGCAAGCACGGCAGGUAACUCCAGAUGGGGAAAGUGAGGAAAUUGGAGUUAUCCCAAGCAAACGCAGAGUGGAGAAAAAAGAACGAGCCCGCUUAAAGACAGUGAAAUUCAAUUCCAAAACAAGAGGAGAUAAAGGGCAGUCAUUCAAUGACAAGCGUAAAAAGAACCUCUUUUCCCGAAAAUUUCCCUUCUACAAGAACAAGGACCAGAGUGAGCAGGAAACCAGUGAUAUUGACCAGCAUGUAACCUCUAAUGCCAGCGAUAGUGAAAGUAGUUACCGUGGCCAAGAGGAAUAUGUCUUGUCAUAUGAACCAGUCAACCAACAAGAAGUCAGUUACACUCGACCUGUGAUUGUUUUGGGACCCAUGAAAGACAGAAUAAAUGAUGAUCUCAUCUCAGAAUUUCCAGACAAAUUUGGCUCAUGUGUUCCACAUACUACUAGACCAAAACGAGAUUAUGAGGUGGAUGGACGUGAUUACCACUUUGUCACUUCUCGAGAGCAAAUGGAGAAGGAUAUUCAGGAUCACAAAUUCAUUGAAGCCGGCCAGUACAAUAAUCAUCUAUACGGAACAAGCGUCCAGUCGGUGCGAGAAGUAGCAGAAAAGGGUAAACAUUGCAUUCUUGAUGUUUCUGGCAAUGCCAUCAAAAGGUUGCAGAUUGCCCAGCUGUAUCCAAUCUCCAUUUUCAUUAAACCGAAAACAGUGGAAAACAUCAUGGAAAUGAAUAAACGCUUAACAGAAGAGCAAACCAGGAAGACCUUUGAGAGAGCAAUGAAACUGGAGCAAGAAUUUACUGAACACUUCACAGCUAUUGUCCAAGGAGACACACUGGAAGAAAUCUACAACCAAGUGAAACAGAUCAUAGAGGAACAGUCUGGGCCUUACAUCUGGGUUCCAGCAAAGGAAAAAUUAUGAAACCAGCUUUUUAUUUCUCAUUUUCUAACUGACAUCACCUACUACAUCUGACGACUCUUAAGCCCUUCCAGUGGAGCCUGCCUCUAGUUCUUUCCAGCGUAGGUUCAUACCCUAACCAUCACAUUCUGCAGAUCCCAUAAUGCUUCACAUUUGAUAUCUCUCUUAGUUGAAAUGAUUUGUAUUACUGUGUGUUGUUGGUUUGCCAUUUUUCAAACACGCCAGCGGAAUGGCCUGACCAGCUAUUAGUUUGGGGUGGGGGUGGGAGGGAACUGCUCGGUGAAAAUUCCUUAAUGUUUAAGGGAGAGUAACUUUCAAAGAUUUUUUUCAACAAAGCUUUAUAGACCUCCUUUUAAAAUUUCCUAACAGGUGAAAAGAGAAGUUGUACUCGAGGAAGCUGUAAAUCAUUAGUGACUUUGCACGCUUAACUUUUAAUAGCAUGGUUUGGUCAGGGCAAUGGAGUUCAGGUUUUAUUUUCUGAGCUGAAUUCUAGCCUCACCGGCCUUUUUGGUUUUCUUGCCAGGCAGUUAGGGAGAAACUUGUCAAGCUUUGAG